AUGCCAGUAGCCAAUCCAGUUUGUUCACCUUUGAAGGAAUCUGACCCUCUUAUGGUUCUUCAAUUAAGGGAUGACCAAGGUCUCACCGUCUCUGGUUACUCAUUCGGGGCCCAAAAGUCCAUGAGCGGUGAGUUGGUCUUCCAGACAGGGAUGGUGGGUUAUGUUGAAUCUCUCACUGACCCUUCCUAUGAAGGUCAGAUCUUAGUUAUUACCUACCCAAUCGUUGGUAACUACGGUGUUCCAGAUGAAUCUGUCAUGGACGAAUUGUUACAAGAUAUUCCAAAAUACUUCGAGUCUAGCCGUGUUCACAUCUCCGGUUUGGUUGUUGCCAGUUACACCGAACAAUUCUCCCACUACUUGGCCAAAUCUUCCCUCGGUGCUUGGUUGCAAAGACAAGGUGUUCCUGCUAUCUACGGUGUUGACACCAGACAAUUGACUAAGCAUCUUAGAGACAAGGGUUCUACUUUGGGUAGACUUUGUUUACAAAACGACAUUUCUCAAAAAUUCAGCUUGAAGUCCUCCUUCUUCAAUGAAUGGGAAACCAAGUUCACUGUCCCUGAAUGGGUCGACCCAAAUUUGAAGAAUUUGGUCGCCAAAGUUUCUCUUAAGGAACCAAAACUUUAUAAACCAGCCCCAGAAACCGCCAUCAAGAAGGCCAACGGUAAAACCGUCAGAAUUCUUGCUAUUGAUGUUGGGAUGAAAUAUAACCAAAUCAGAUGUUUUGUCACCAGAGGUGUUGAAUUGAUGAUUGUUCCAUGGGAUUAUGACUUCCUUAAAGAAGAAUACGACGGUCUUUUCAUCUCUAACGGUCCAGGUGAUCCAUCUAUCUUGACUAAUGUUGUUGAUAACUUGCGUACUGCUUUGGAACAAGCUAAAACCCCAAUUUUCGGUAUCUGUCUUGGUCAUCAAUUGAUUGCUAGAGCUGCCGGUGCCUCCACCAUCAAAUUGAAAUUCGGUAACAGAGGUCAAAACAUUCCAGCUACUUCUACCAUUUCUGGAAGAUGUUACAUUACCUCCCAAAACCACGGUUAUGCUGUUGAUGCUAACACUUUACAAAACAACUGGAAGGAAUUGUUUGUUAACGCUAACGAUGGUUCUAACGAAGGUAUUUACAACACUGACUUGCCAUUCUUCUCGGUUCAAUUCCACCCUGAAUCUACCCCAGGUCCAAAAGAUACUGAAUUCCUUUUUGACACUUUUAUUCAAUCUGUCGUUAAGUUCCAAGAAACUAAGAAAUUGGAACCAGUUCAAUUCCCAGGUGGUUUGAUUGCUGAUAACAGAGCUGCUCACCCAGCUGUCAAGGUCAAAAAGGUCUUGGUCUUGGGUUCCGGUGGUUUGUCCAUUGGUCAAGCUGGUGAAUUCGAUUACUCUGGUUCUCAAGCUAUCAAGGCUUUGAAGGAAGAAGGUAUCUACACCGUCUUGAUUAACCCUAAUAUUGCUACCAUUCAAACUUCCCAAGGCUUGGCCGACAAGGUCUACUUCUUGCCAGUCAAUGCUGAAUUUGUUAGAAAGGUUAUCAAGUUGGAACAACCUGACGGUAUCUACUGUACCUUCGGUGGUCAAACAGCUCUUUCUGUCGGUAUUGAAUUGAAGGAUGAAUUCGAAUCUUUGGGAGUUAAGGUUCUUGGUACUCAAAUUGAAACUGUUAUCACCACUGAAGACAGAGAAUUGUUUGCCAACGCCAUGGAAGAAAUUGGAGAAAAAUGUGCCAAGUCUCACGCCACUUCUAACAUUCCAGAUUCUAUUGUCGCUGCUCAAGACAUUGGUUUCCCAGUCAUUGUUCGUGCUGCAUUCGCCCUUGGUGGCUUAGGUUCUGGUUUUGCUGAAAACGAAGAACAAUUGGUUGAAUUGUGUAACAAGGCCUUUGCUACUUCCCCACAAGUUCUUAUUGAACGUUCCAUGAAGGGCUGGAAGGAAAUUGAAUAUGAAGUUGUUAGAGAUGCUUUCGAUAACUGUAUUACCGUCUGUAAUAUGGAAAACUUUGAUCCUUUGGGUAUUCACACUGGUGAUUCUAUUGUUGUUGCCCCAUCCCAAACUUUGAGUGACGAUGACUACAACAUGUUGAGAACUACCGCUACCAAUGUUAUCAGACACUUGGGUGUUGUUGGUGAAUGUAACAUUCAAUAUGCUUUGAACCCAUUCUCCAAGGAAUACUGUAUCAUUGAAGUCAAUGCCAGAUUGUCCAGAUCUUCUGCCUUAGCCUCUAAGGCCACUGGUUACCCAUUGGCUUAUACUGCUGCUAAGUUGGGUUUGAAUAUCCCAUUGAAUGAAGUUACCAAUGAAGUCACCAAAUCUACCUGUUCUUGUUUCGAACCAUCAUUGGAUUACAUUGUUACCAAGAUUCCAAGAUGGGAUUUGAAGAAGUUUACCAGAGUUUCUACUGCUUUGUCUUCCUCCAUGAAGUCUGUUGGUGAAGUUAUGGCUAUUGGUAGAACUUUUGAAGAAUGUAUUCAAAAGGCUAUCAGAGAAACCGAUUACCAAAACUUGGGUUUCAACGCUACUAAUGCUUUGAUGUCUAUCGACAAUGAAUUGCAAACUCCAAGUGACCAAAGAUUGUUUGCUGUUGCUAAUGCUUUGUCUACUGGUUACUCUGUUGACAAGAUUUGGGAAAUGACCAAGAUUGACAAGUGGUUCUUGAACAAGUUGGCUAAAUUGAUCCAAGUUGGUGAAGAAAUUUCUGCCUACAGUGGUAAGGAUUUCCCAGUUGAAUUGUUGUUGAAUGCUAAACAAUUAGGUUUCGACGAUAGACAAAUCGCCAAAUUCUUGAACUCUAGUGAAAACGCUAUCAGAGAUGUUAGAGUUGAAAACGGUAUUUUCCCAGCUAUCAAGCAAAUUGAUACCGUUGCUGCUGAAUUCCCAUCCAGUACUAACUACUUGUACUUGACUUACAAUGCUAGCGCCCAUGAUGCUGACUUUGAAGGUACUAACUCUGGUUCCAUUAUUGUUUUGGGUUCUGGUGUUUACAGAAUUGGUUCUUCUGUUGAAUUUGAUUAUUGUUCUGUUACUACUGUCAGAACCUUGCGUAAACAAGGUAUGAAGACUAUCAUCAUCAACUACAACCCAGAAACCGUCUCUACCGAUUUUGAUGAAUCUGACUCUUUGUUCUUUGAAAACAUCAACAACGAAACUGUUUUGGAUAUCUACCACUUGACCAACUCUGGUGGUGUUGUUGUCUCUAUGGGUGGUCAAACUUCUAACAAUAUUGCUUUGAACUUGUACAGACAAAAUGUCAAGGUCCUCGGUACUUCUCCAGAAAUGAUUGAUGGUGCUGAAAAUAGAUACAAGUUCUCCAGAAUGUUGGACUCCAUUGGUAUUGAUCAACCAGCUUGGAAGGAAUUGACCUCUAUUGAUGAAGCUCAAGAUUUUGCCAAGAAGGUUUCUUACCCAGUUUUAGUUAGACCUUCUUAUGUGUUGUCUGGUGCUGCCAUGAACGUUUGUUACAGUGACGAAGAUUUGAAGAAGUACCUUAACGAAGCCGUUGCUGUUUCCAGAGACUAUCCUGUUGUUAUCACCAAGUUUAUUCAAGACUCUAAGGAAAUUGAAAUGGAUGCCGUUUCCAGAGAUGGUAAAUUGGUUAUGCACGUUGUUUCUGAACACGUUGAAAACGCUGGUGUUCACUCUGGUGAUGCUACUUUGGUUGUUCCACCACAAGACUUGUCUAAGCACACUGUUUCCAAGAUUGUCUAUGCUACUGCUAAGAUUGCUGAAGCUUUGAACAUCACUGGUCCAUUGAACAUUCAAUUUAUUGCUAAGGAUGAGGACAUCAAGGUUAUUGAAUGUAACGUUAGAGCUUCCAGAUCUUUCCCAUUUGUUUCCAAGAUUGUUGGUACUGAUUUGAUUGAAUUGGCCACCAAGGCUAUUGUUGGUAUCCCAUUCAAGGCUUAUCCAAACAAGAAACUUCCAGAACAAUACGUUGGUGUGAAGGUUCCUCAAUUCUCUUUUGCCAGAUUGUUGGGUGCUGAUCCUGUUUUGGGUGUUGAAAUGGCCUCUACUGGUGAAGUUGCUGCCAUUGGUAAGGACAAGUACGAUGCUUACUUGAAGGCUUACAUGGCUAGUGGUUUGGCUCUUCCAAAGAAGAACAUUUUGCUUUCUAUUGGUUCUUACAAGGAAAAACAAGAAUUGCUUCCUGCUAUCAAGACUAUUGUCAAGAUGGGUUACAACUUGUACGGUACUAGUGGUACCUUCAACUUUUACCAAGAACAUGGUGUUCCAAUUCAAUUCUUGGAAGUUAUGGACAAGGAAGAUGAAAGUGACCACAGUUUGAACAACUACUUGGCCAACAACUUGAUUGAUUUGUACAUUAACGUUCCAUCUAACAACAAGGUUAGAAGACCAGCCACUUAUGUUUCUAAGGGUUAUGUUUCUAGAAGAAUGGCUAUUGAUUAUUCUAUUCCAUUGGUCACCAACAACAAGGUUGCUAAGAUGUUGAUUAAUGCUAUUGCUAAGUAUCCAAACGAUUUGCCAGUUGGUGAAAUCGAUACUUUGAGAUCUUUCCCAGAAAUCUCUACUGCUGCCGAUGAUGAGUGGGAACAAGACGUCAGCACCUCUCCAGCUGCUAGAAGAUUCUCUUUCAACAAACCUGCUCCUAUCGCUAGUAAGGAUAUGUUUGAACAAUCUUUUGAAAAGGUUGAACAAGCUAUUGAUGAAUCUGACCUUGUUUCUCAACCAUUGCCAAAGGAAAUCAAGAUUGCUGGUCCAUUGGAACAAUAUAUCAGAGACAGCAACCCAUUCUUGAAGAAAUCAGUUGCCUCUGUCAAGCAAUUCAGCCGUUCUGACUUGCACACUUUGUUCACUGUUGCUGCUGAAAUGAGAUUGGCUGUUCAAAGAGAAGGCUCUAUUGACUUGUUGAAGGGUCGUCUUUUGACCACCAUGUUCUACGAACCAUCCACUAGAACUUCCACCUCAUUCAAUGCUGCUAUGCAAAGACUCGGUGGUAGAGUUGUUGAAGUCAAGGCUGGUUCUUCUUCUGUUAAGAAGGGUGAAUCUUUGAAGGAUACUAUUAUGACUUUGAGCUCUUACUCUGAUGCUAUUGUUUUGAGACACCCAGAAGCUUCAUCUAUUAACACUGCUACCAAGUUCUCUCAAGUUCCUGUUAUCAAUGCCGGUAAUGGUUCUGAAGAACACCCAACCCAAGCUUUCUUGGACUUGUUCACCAUUCGUGAAGAAUUGGGUAGUGUUAAUGGUAUCACUGUUACUUUUGUUGGUGAUUUGAAGUAUGGUAGAACUGUUCAUUCUUUGGUUGCCUUGUUGAAGCACUACCAAGUAAAGAUCAAUUUGGUUUGUCCAGAUGAAUUGCAAUUGCCAGAAGACAUUAGAUCCAGUAUCAUUACCAGAAACCAAUUGGGUAGCGAAUCUGAAAAAUUGACCAAGGAAAUCAUUGCUGAUUCUGACGUUUUGUACGUUACUAGAGUUCAACAAGAAAGAUUCACCUCCCAAGAAGAAUAUGAACGUCUUAAGAACAGUUAUGUUGUUGACAACAAGGUCUUGAGUCAUGCUAAGCAACAUAUGUGUGUGAUGCACCCAUUGCCACGCGUUAAUGAGAUUAAGGAAGAAGUUGACUUUGACCACAGAGCUGCUUACUUUAGACAAAUGAGAUAUGGCUUGUUCGUUCGUAUGGCUUUGUUGGCUCUUGUUAUUGGUGUUGACUACUGGUAA